AUGGGAUCUUGUAAAUCAAAGCAAAGAUAUAGCAUAAGCUUUUCCAGAAGCAGCACCAGAAAACUCACACAAACCACCCUUAUAUAUGAGAGGCAAAACACAGUGAACACCACAAUUGUACCACUAGCAACAACAAAUAAGCCUAACCGAAGGCUUCUGUUAGACUAUUACGCUAAUGAAAGCACGAAAAUGCCGGAUGAGAUUAAAAAAUAUUAUGAAGCGAUUUUUGCCCAAGAAGAACUUGAAGUUCCUGACAUUGACCUUGAACAUGUUUCGUUUGACUUGAAAUCAAUUUACAACUUUAAGCUGAUUUUGAAUUUUUUUCAAAAUAUCCGUAUUUUAAAUCUUGGCUACACAAAUAUUACAUCUUCAGAUUUAAAGAGGAUAUAUAAACUAUUUUUUUUUGAAUUUUCCGUACUAAAUUAAUUGGAUUUAAUUUAAGAGCAUUUUUAUGUUAUUCAGUUUAGACUGGCAUAAGCCUAUCGAAAGUUUAGGUUUAUUAGAAACUUUAUCGUUGAAAAAUAACAAAAUUGAUCCUUCCGGUGGGGAAUAUUUGUACAAAAUUAUUAAACACCUAUUUAAUUUGAAAAACCUUUAUUUGCACAAUAAUCAGCUUGGAUGCGAAGGGCUUAUUAAAUUUUGUGGAGGAUUACAAAAUCUGAGUAAGCUUGAAAAGCUCACUCUAGAUAAUAAUAACAUUCAAAAUGAGGGAGGAUUUAAGUUGCUUGAAUCAAUAUACUUAUUUUCUUAAAUUUAUCAUAAUGCCUUUAGUUAGUUAUACAAAUUGCCCGAGGAUGGCGCAAUAGCUCCAUCCUCGGGCAAUUUGUAUAUUUUAGUUAAGAGCUAGAUCUUUAAGUUCUCGUCUUCAGAGGUGGCGUUCUGUUCAGCUUUGAAGAAUCCGACUGGUGGCACAAGCUAAUUGGGUAGCUGCAUUUCCCAUUGGGUCAAGACCUUUGCCAGGAAUUGCCAUAUCUAACUCGUCACUUCACCGGCCUAAUUACUCCGCCCGCACAUCACCCCCGGCCGUUCUCGAUCCUUUGAUCAGCAGCCUUUAACUGGAGUGAUCGCCUUAUUUUUCUCUUUUUCCAUGUCAUCACUGAAAAAAUAUUCAAUAGUUUGGGCGAUUAGAGCAGUAGAUAAGUCACCUUGAUCCAUUUUUGGUACGCAUGGAUUCAGCGCUGCUAGCAAAAAGAUGUCGCGAUUAAUUACUCAUAGGCUAGGUAACGCAGGUGCAGCUCCGUGUUUAGAAUCUUGCUUCAAGGUCCCCAGCAUUACUGCCAAAACCAUUCCGAUUUAUAUGGGCAGGAGACAGUCUCUGAUAUCUCAUGCUACUUUAUAUAUAUAUCAUAAAGCCUUUAAUAGCAAUCAUUAUCAGCCUAUAUUUUAUAAAUGACUAUAAGCAAUUUGAAAGAACUAGCUUGUAUUGGUCUCAGUGAAAAUGAGCUAACGUCAGAAAUCGGAAAAACACUUGUAGAAGCUGUAAAAAACUUCCCAAAGCUCACAGUCCUCCGACUUGAGAGCACAAAGCUGCACCCCAAGUAUCUAAUGAUUAUUGAAAAUCAAUUAAAACACACAGUUAAUUAA